CCGCACUCAACCACAGUCAAUUUGUCACUGAAUUUAGCUCAUGACAGGCGGUUUACAAUUGGCUGCUCCUUGUAUGCUCUACUUACUCAUGACCUCAAGAGUUGAAGAUCUCGCGGCGCAGCCAGGCUUGCGCCCACAGCGUCAUGCAACUCAUGAUAUCAGCAACUUGUCAACAAGGCUUCCAGGCUGUACAUCAUGAUAUCAACAUUCCUCCCGGAUUUUAAUGGUAAUCAAUGCAAUUCGGGGGCCAACGGGGCCAAUAACAGCUCUGGCAUGUUGCGGCUCCAGGAUCAAUUCAGUACCUUGUGGGCUGACGUCACGAAUCCGUACUCUAAAGCAAACAUUAUGUGCUCCUGGGAAACAUUUGUUGCUAAAGAUAACACGGGCCUAGAGACCCUUGACCGCACAAUGUCUGGGAUUCAGUCUGAUCCAAUGAACCGCCUCGUGCUCUUCACUCUCGGAGAUCAAUGGUCAUGGUGUUUAUUGCGACGGAAUUGCAACUUGCGUUUGGCGACUUGACCGCUCAUGCAAUCUGCAACUCUGCCGCACCACCACUUGCUUGCUUGCUUUUGUGACCUGUAACAUGUCCACGAAUGCUAUCAUAGUCGUCGGAAAGCUUAUUGGCACGACCGACCACCAUGACUAGUCGAAGAUGCUGUGCCAAGCCUGUGAAGGUGCAUGAUCGAGCAUACCAAUUAGCGACUUGUCAGCUUGCAACUUGACUCGACUGUUAGACCUUUCGAAACGAACAUGCAGCCGCUUCUUUCUUUGCGAUCAUGCUUACUAGGACCUGAAUACACCCGGCUUUACCCGACAAAUAAUGUAAUGGAUAGCUGCAGUCUUACCGUUGUGACAACCAUUCUCCUUGAUUGUACUUUAUCUAGGGGUUUGUAAUCAAGUGAGACAAACAACCACGGAAGCUGUUGUGUACCCGAUAAGAUAGAUUGGUGAGAUGGAAAGAAGAUACAGGAAUAAUUUUGAUUGCAAGACAACAUACAAUAGCAUAUCGACCUUUCCGAGCCAGAUGAUACCAUGAAUUCUGCUCCAAGUGACCUGACGGACUAAUAGCUCAUACUUCCAACCGAAUGGAAUAUAGGGUUUUAUCUAGCCCAUGAUAGAAUCAUUCCCUGGUGACUUCCUUUUAGAUAGUGAUCAAGAAUCAAUAACAUCAUUCGUGAAUUGGCAGGACUUGAACUGCUGCUGUCGCCAAUAUCGUUGGAAGUAAUGCUCUCCGAAGUUGUCAUUAAUUUGUUUUAGAUUGCACAAACAAAAAAAUUGAUUUCUUUAUGAUAUAACGCUUUGAGAGCUUGGCCACAACUAUUAUUAUCCGCAUCAUACAGAGACACCCCCAGUGAUGUUCAAACAAGCGUCCGUAUACCAGCAAUACUGAGAAAACGACCCAAUUCCGAGGAGGCUUCGCUCAUCUGAUAUCGUGCUAUAAGACUGUCUGUGACGCGACCAAUGCAUCAGCUAUGGGGUGUGUAUAUCAAUAGAGGUUCUUGUGUAACUGGAAGAUAGCUGCUAGCCAAACAUCCAAU